AUGCAUCUCCGGGAUGAUUUGGAAACUGCUCGGGUUAAUUAUGCCGAGCUUCAAGGUCACCUUGUGGGCAGCGUAAUUGCCGCCUCCGAGAAUCUGAUGGAGCAGUUCCGGAUUGUUGCUCCUGAUGCUGACUUGACUCUCGUCGGCCUGGACAAUGUUGUGAGGGAUGAGGAUUUCUCAUAUUCUAAUAAACUAGGAAAAGGUGGAUUUGGAUCUGUUUAUAAGGGUAAGCUCUUCAAUGGACAAAUGAUUGCUGUGAAGAGGUUAUCAAAGGACUCAGGCCAAGGAGAUAUGGAAUUCAGGAAUAAAGAGGGUGCGAAAGUGAAUAUUAGUGCCGAUGGAGCAACUCCUUUACAUAUUACAGCUAAUAAUGAUAGUCUGAAAAUUAUAAAUUGCUUAUUGAAAGCUAGAGCUGAUCCUAAUGUGUCCGACCGACAUCACAAAGAAGUAUACCUUGGAAACUUGAAGGCUUACUGCAUGAUCAACAACAACAGUGCAGAGAGACGAAGCGAUAGAACAGUGGAGCGACAGCUGCAUGGUAGCAGCGAAGCGACGGCGGCGCGGCGACAGUGGAGAAGGAGGGUUGAAGUAAAGGGAAACCAGUUCUUGUAUGAUAUUGUGGCAAAUGGUCGCAAUGAAAUUAAUGUUGAUAAGUUUGAGUACAUUGUUCGUGAUUGUCGUGCUUGUGGCCUAAGUUGCAACUUUCCUGAAAGAUUGACGGAGACAAUGCAAGUCAUUGAUGAUGAAAUAUGCUAUCGUGCCAAAGAUUGUUAG